AAUCUUUCACGGUCCAACCGACGACACCCCCGUCAUCCGGCCUCAACCCCUCUCCCCCCUCCGCCUCACCUGCGGCCGCCCGCGAACCUCCUCUAAACCUGCCAACUUGAGCCGCCACCUCCCUAACCCUAAUCCCGAGGGGGGGGGGGGGGGGGCGUGCUUGGACUGUCGGGUGGGCCGUAACUUCCAAUCUGAAGCCGAACCUCCCCGCAGCCCUCACCGUAAUGGCGACCGCCGACGACUCCGCCGCCGCCGGCGAGGUCCGGAAUCUCCUGGCCCACCUCGACUCCCAGAAGCAGAUCCUCGCGGACUGCCACGGCGCCUGGUCGCGCGCCCUCGCGCACUUCGCCUCGCUCGAGGAGGACCUCGCCUCCCGCUCCGCCUCCCUGGAGGAAGCCCUAGCCGCCGCCGACGCCUCCACUUCCGAAUCCCUCGCGGCACUCGAGGCCCGCGAGGCCAUCGUCCCCGCGCGUCUUGCCGAGGCCUCCACCGUGCUCUCCGCCGCCGUCGCCGAGGCCGAGUCCGCUGCUCCACCGCCCGCCGACGUCCGGGGCGCGCUCCGGUGGAUUUGCCGCCGCAUGGACGCCGGCGCUCUCUGGCGUUUCAUGGCCGCGCGCCGCAGGGAGCUCGCCGUGGUCCGGAGGGAGGCCGGGCUCGCCGUCGCCGCCGCAGUCGACCCGCCCCGCCUCGUCCUGGACGUGGUAAGCGACUGUUUAGCCGUUGGAGAGGGCGCCAGCGAGGACCAAUGCUGGGUGCUCGGUUUGCUGCUUUGCUCGUUGUUCGGUUCCGAUGGCCGGAAACCACCGGAGAUUGGAGAUACUUUAGUUGAGAGGGCGGUCGCAGUCGCCAAGGAGUGGCAAGAGGCGUUUGGUAUCAAUAUGGACAAAUUGGCUCCCGAGAACCAGGAGGUGGAGAUGGCAGAAGCGGACGGCGUAGAGAAUGCACCAGCAACAGAGAAGAAAGAAGAGCAUGGAGAUGGAGAAGAAGUAGAGGAAGAGGAGGAGGACCCGGAGGAGCUGAUUCUUGUGUCAGGGGACGAGGAGGACCCAGAGGAAGUAGAGGAAGACCCUGAGGACGUAGAGAAGGAUGCAAAUGAGGAGAAGGGGGAAGAGGCAGAGAAGACAGCACCUGAAAAAGAGAAGGAAGCAGGAAGGGAGAUCAAGGAGGGGGAGAAGGGAGGAGUCGAUAAGGGUGCACCAGUGCAGCCGGAGGUGCAGAUAUUCCUGCAGAUGGUAGCGGCAUUUGGAUUGAAGGACAAGUUCGAUGGGGAGUUCUUGAGGAGGUUGUUUGUUGCUAAUGGACGGAAGAGGGAGCUUGCCAGGAUUGCAUGUGUGCUUGGAUUCGAGGAGAACCUAGAAGAUAUUGUUGAGGAACUGAUAAAGUCAGGGAACGCGGUAGAGGCUAUAUAUAUUGCUCAUGAGGCUGAUUUGCUUGAGCGAUUUCCACCUGUGCCUCUCCUCCAAUCUUAUCUGCAGGACUCCAGUGACAAGGCUCAGGCUGUGCUGAAAAGUGGAAGACAUUCCAGUUCUGCUGUUGAAGAGGCAAACAACCUGGAGUCCAAUGCAUACAGGUCCGUCAUCAGGUGUGUUGAAUCCUGCCAGCUACUAUCAGUUUUUAGCGUCGAGACCAUAAAGAAGAAACUAGUGAAGUUGGAAAAAGAGAAGGCUGAGAGGAAGAAACCAGGUGGCCCGAGCAGAUUCCAGAACAAGCGAGCACGGGGAGCGACCGGACCUCAUCCGUUCCCUGCUGCCAAGGCUGCAAGGAGCUCAGGCUCAAGCUUCGGCCCAUCCUUCCAGAACCCAGCCUCACGUUCCUUCGGCUACGCAGCUCAUGCAGGGUACGUGAGCCCAGCAGCUGCGCCACCGUACUAUAUGCCUGGGAGUGUGGCUGGGCGAAGAGGUGGUGUGCCGUACGGCGGACCUGGAGCAACAUAUGGUGGUGCCCGGCAACCGUUCCGUCGUUAUGACUAGGGUGGUGUUGUUACUGAAUGUUCCUUGUUUCUGGCUGAUAGGAUCAUGUAUACCUCCUGUUAUUUAAGCGUACUCAUUGUUAAUUCUCAAUGAACGGAUGCAAGAUAUUGAAGGUUGAGCAGUACUCUAUUUUAUGGUGCUCUGUUUUCUUUGAAAAA